CGACCCCCUCCCACCUCCCUCCUGCAGGAGUACGUGUCGGUGCUGGAGCGGCAGAUCCGGGACCUUCGUGCGCGCGUGGCCGCUUGCCGCUCGUGCCUCGUGCCGCCGCAGCGCGCCCUGGCGGUGUGCGGCGGCGGGGCGGCGUGGAGAGACUACCGCCACCGCCGCCGCCUCCUCCGCCGCCACGAGAAACGGCGGAGGAAGGAGGAGAAGCGGAGGAGGAAGGAGGAACGGAGGAGAAGUAAGGAGAAGGAGGGAGUAAGCAACACUAGUCCAUCUACCACUACUACUACUUCUACUACUACUACUACGCCUGCUACCACCACCACCACCACCACCACCACGUCACCGCCGCCAAGGGACUCUGACGUGAUCCUGGACUCCCUGUUAGCGGACGUGGCGUACAGUGAGCACCAGGACAACCAAAGAGCGAGGGAGACCCAUCGCAUGAGCACGGAUUUCCGACGCGGGUUCAACCAGAAGAUUUCACGGAUGGACGAGGCGCUCACCCAGUUCACGGACACCCAGGCGGCGUUCUGCAAGGAGCUUCGGGACAACUUGGGAGCGAGGUUGGAAAAGCGCGGACAAGAACUUGAGGCGCUGUCGGACCAGAUCGCUGCGCUGGUGCGGACGACGACCACGCAGAUUACGGCACUGGAGAAGGCAGCGUCCGACCAGAUGUACGCAGGGCAGAGCAGCAUAGAGAAGACGCUGGCUAUCACGCAGGCAAUACGCGACUCGCAGCUCCGCGCUAUACAGAACUACCACAAGCAAACGUUCCUACCCGCCGCCGCCGCUGUCGCUACCAUACUCACGGAACAGGCCUCGGCGCUGACCUCCAUGGGAGUUGAGCUGAUUACAAAGGUUGAGAUGCUGCAGGACGUGUAUCUGACCUAUGCCACGCGCGAAUCGGACGCCCUCAAGAAACUGACGCAGGAAGUGGAAAUGUUCGCCGCGAAGCACAGCAACCUGGCGGCGAGGACACGGGACCACGCCAGGCAGGUCCACCUCGGCGCGGACAGCUUCGUCAGGGAGAUCCAGAACCGCAUGAACAACGUGGUUAAAGAGUUGGUCCUGAUCCGUAUGCAGAGUCAGAACUUCGUGGCCGCUAACAACGACGCCCACAAUGAUAUCUCCUACAGCGUGAACCAGACCCAGGUGGCGGUGGAGACGCUCUCGCAAGGCCUGAAGCAGAGACUAGACAACGCGACGGAACUCCACCAAGACUUCAGGAACGUGUUCAAGAAAGAGACGGACCAUAUAUCGUCCACGGUGGAGGCUGGGAUAAGCGAGGCUCUCUUCUCCAACCACGCAUCGGUGAGCCACGUUGAGGAGGCGGAGCUGGAUACGCGGGUGUUCGUGGGGACGGCCAGGGCGGCUUGGGAGGAGCUCUACCUAUCACAGGAGGCCGAGCUACGGAAGGAAGCAGACUCCCUCACCCACGGCCUUCAGAGUCACACCCACCACACCCAGAACGUCCUAGCGGGCAUGAGGCAACUGCAGAACUCAUGA